AUGCCAGUCUCUAAAGUUCCAAAGCAAGGUCGCGCAGCCGAUCCUUUUGAUUCCGAUUCAGAUACUGAACUUUAUAAACCUCCUUCCAAGGAUGCUAGAAACAAGUACAAGAAUGACUUCAGCGACACCGGCGGGUUCGAGAACCAAUCCGUGCAGGAACUCGAGAAGUAUGCCGCUUACAAGGCCGAAGAAACAACAAGCAAAGUUAACGAUUGUCUCAAGAUUGCGGAGAUCAUAAAGGAAGAUGCAUCCAACACACUCACUAUGCUGCAUCAACAAGGAGAUCAGAUCAACCGAACGCAUGAAAUUUGUGUCACCAUCGAUAAGGAUCUUAGUCGAGGCGAGUCACUGCUAGGGAGCCUUGGGGGCUUUUUCUCGAUGCCAUGGAAGCCAAAAAAGACCAAAGAGAUCAAGGGCCCUGCAGUCACAGCAGAUAAUUCAUCGAAGGCGACCAAGGAACAACGGGACAAGUUAGGCUUGUCUUCCAAUGGAAAGGGACAAUCAAACCCACGAGAGUAUGCUGAACCCACAUCGGCAAUGGACAAAGUUCAGAUUGAAAAGUCUAAACAAGACGAUGGGCUUGAUGAUCUAAGCGACGUCCUGGGGCAGCUGAAGGGCAUGGCUGUCGACAUGGGUUCUGAGAUCGAAAGACAAAACAAGGCUUUGGAUGGGUUGCAGGAUGAUGUGGAUGAGCUCAAUUCUCGAGUGAAAGGAGCUAAUCAACGUGCUCGAAAGAUACUAGGGAAAUAAGUUUCAAAUAUUAUUAUUAUUUUAUAUUUUUUCUGGAGAUUUCUGUAUUAUCUCGAACUCGAGCCUCUUUGGU